AAAGCUAUCUCUUUGCUUCUCUGGUUCUGCUUCUUCCUCAUUUUCAUUAGUGUUUUCAUGGCGGCGGUCAUCGGAAACGUGGCGCUGUUACUCGACGUUAACUCUCAUCGUACGGUGAUCACUGAUCGGAGAAUUCGAUUAGCGGUUGUUGACGUCGUUCUGAAUCUACCGAAGAGAGACUCACACAACAGUUACGUUUCUUCUCACUACGCGGCUCUCUCCUCCAACAAGCCUCUUGAAUCGGAAGGAGAGGCUCGAGUUCGCCGGGGAUUGAAGCGCGGAAAGGCGAAUUCCAGGGCUAACGCCGUGGAUUACGACGAGGCGGGAUCCAGCGACGAGGGUGACGGAAAGGAGAGCGACGACGAAGAAGAGAAAGCGUACGAUGUUGAGAAGGAGAUGAAGAGGAGAGCUAAGGAGUUGCAGGAUAUGAAGGAGCUUGAGAGGAAAGCAGAGGAGUUGCAGUAUAAGAUUGAUGAAGAAGGUGGUGAUGAUGAUUCUGAGGAGAAGAAGAGGAUGAGGGUUAAGAGAGAGCUCGAAAAGGUAGCUCAGGAGCAAGCGGAGAGGAGAGCAACUGCAGAGUUGAUGUUUGAGUUGGGUCAAAAGGCUUAUGGUAAAGGCAUGUAUGGACGAGCAAUAGAGUUUCUUGAAGGAGCUCUUACCAUUAUCCCAAGGCCAACGCUCUUUGGUGGUGAGAUUCAAAUUUGGUUAGCUAUGGCAUAUGAGGCCAAUAAUCGCCACGCUGAUUGCAUUGAUCUUUAUCAGCAACUAGAGAAGAGACACCCGAGUCCUGGUAUCCGUCGUCAAGCCUCUGAGCUUAGGUAUAUCUUGCAAGCUCCUAAGCUCAAGAUCUCUCAGGAGGAGAUGGUUACCAUACCCAUGAUUGGUUCAAGCUACGACAGCUAUGCAGUGACAUGGAGUGACAAGGAGAGGGACAAGGACAGGAGAAUGAAUGCAUCGACUACGAAUCAGCUCAACUCGAGUGAAGACUUUCUAGGAAAGCUCUUGGUUUGGCGACCGCCUGUCGGGAUGGAGAAGAACAAAGUCUUUUGGCUUUCUUUGACAUUGUGGUUCGGUUUAGUUGGAGCAGCACUUUUACUGCAAAGAUAAGUGAAAGAGGAGGAAUAAACUCUUUCUUCCCAGGCGUGGUACUGUUUCGUCUCUCUCUCUCUCUCUCACUUGUCUUGUAAUUAUAUUUGAAUAUAUGGAUGUAUAAACUUGCAAGUAGAUGUAAUCAUAUCUCAUUGUAGAUAAAAAGUGUUUGAUGCCUGGAGCUAUAUCACUUUGUUCUGUAUUACUAUUGUAAUUGUUUAUUUAAUGAAUUAAAGAAGUUUGAAAACUCA